UAGGCUUCCUUGACGAGUCUCGCGCGGGCGCCUCUCACGAUCCCUCUUGCAGAUCUCUGGUUAUUUGACAUCCUGCCGAAGUCAGACGUAAGCCGGAUCCUUGCUUUUGCCAAAGCGAAUGACCUUCCGAGCUUGGUCACACAGAGCUAGACAACACUCAACACGACUCGGCAUCUUGCCGGAGCUACGGAGAUCUACUACAUAUACAUACGCCAUCGAAAACCACUCGUAGAACAAAGCAGACCGACGCCGAGCGCUGAUCUCCGCUUACCGACCGCGAGCGCAUCGAGCGCAUCACCGAGGCCAUGCCACCCGCGAGCUCGUCCUUCACGCCCCUCAAUAUCCAAGACAAUGUCGUACCAGAGUGGCUGGAUGCCUUCACCCUGACCGCGCCCCCAAACACCGAUCUAUGGAGGAAACCACCAUCAGGGGAUAUAUCGACGGCUCCAAUUCUCUACACCGCUCUGCGCAACCCUUUCAUAGUAGCAGAAGUCACAGUUUCAGCAGACUGGGAGCUCGAAUGGGACCAGGGAGGACUGGUCAUAUUCGCGGGCACACCGCCAGGGCAGAUGCCGGUAGCAACAGCAAACGCGACAACGACACUUGAGGUCCCAAAUGUUGCGAGCAUAUGUUUGAAUGAUAGCGCGGCCCCGAGUUCCGCCAUGUCACUCUCGCAAACCUCCAGUAUUGACGAUGUUGAGAGGUACAACACCACAACUUCACAAAGCCCAGCAGAGGAUUCAGAUACCAGGCCCCAGUUAGAGCGUGGCCCUCCACCACCGUAUGUUGCUCCUGCGCCAGCAUCCAAGUGGGCCAAAGUUGGGCUUGAGUUUUCCAGCAACGCGUGUCAUGCCAGUUGUGUGGUCGCAAAUGGCGUAGGUGCAGACUGGUCAUUGAGCGCACUCCCACCCCAUCAACAACGACGCAUGGACUUGCGAGUCAAGAUUGAGCGCAUCGGUUACGCGCUGUGGGUCUCAUACGAGGAUGAACUGUCAGGCUGGAAGAAGCUGAGAGAGGUCACCUGGUUCUUCUGGGGUGUGGAAGACAAAGCCGUACGCGUUGGCGUUUAUGCGAGCCGACCUGCAAACUUUGGCAUCUCCAUGUGGGACCGAAGACACGCUGCAGGACUGAAUAGAGGAGACCGAGAUCUUUGUGUUGAAUUUGAAGGUUUGGAGAUUUUCUAAUCAAGAAAGAGACCGCCAUGUUUAAGAUUCCGUCGCCAUGUCUUCUUCUCUUUGAUUCAUCGCCGCGUUUCUCAGCUGUUCAUGCGGUUUAGGAUAUCUGCGCGUGGUUUCUCUCCUUGCUUCACGG